AUUUGUACAGAUAAACACAAGGACUGCUCUGGUGUAACUUUACAUCUGACACAUCAGAAGCAGCCUUUGAUUGCUGGAAUGUAUCUUAUGAUGUCUGUGAACACUGUAAUACCACCAGGUGAGAAAGUGGUUGAUGCAGACAUUGCCUGCCAUUACAAAAGGUUUCCAAUGCACCUCUUUGCCUACAGAGUUCAUACACACAGACUAGGUAAAGUAGUGAGUGGAUACAGAGUGAGAAACGAUCAAUGGACAUUGAUUGGUAGACAGAGUCCGCAACUACCACAGGCAUUCUAUCCAGUAGAACAUCCUGUAGAUGUUAGCUAUGAUGAUAUCCUAGCAGCUAGAUGUGUGUUCAGUGGUGAAGGCAGAACUACAGAGACACAUAUAGGGGGAACAGCCAAUGAUGAAAUGUGUAAUUUUUAUAUUAUGUACUAUAUGGAAGCCAAGCAUGCUGUCUCAUAUAUGACCUGCACACAGAAUGCAAACCCUGAGAUGUUCAGAAAUAUACCGCAGGAGGCAAAUAUUCCUAUUCCAAUCAAGUCUGAUAUGCUAAAGAUGAUGCAUGGACAUCAUGAAGAAACCAAGGAUACUGAUAAAAGUUCUUUGCUGCAGCAGGCCAAAAAAGAAGAGGAAGAGAUUUUGGAUCAAGGUAUGUACUUACUUAUUUCUAUGUCAAGUGGGGGACUCACUAAU